AUGCCUUCGGGGUCCUCGCCUGCGCCAACCCAGGCUCAGGCCGACGACCCGGCAAACGACCAGAAUGGCAACCUUGAACUCAAGGAGAUGCUGUCGACGAAACCGCUGCUGCCCGUGGAGGAAGAUCUCAUGCAGCUGGCGCGGUUAGGGGAAGUCGGUGCGAUCCAGAAACUCUUCGACACUGGGAAGUUCGAUGCUACAUAUUCGGACGAGGAGGGCAUCACUGCGUUACAUUGGGCCGCGAUCAACAACCGUUUACCGCUCUGCCAUUUCCUCCUCCAGGCCGGCGCAUCUGUGAACGUGAAAGGUGGCGAAGCCGACGCGACCCCCGCGCACUGGGCCGCGAAGAAAUGCGCAUACUACGUCGUCAACCUGCUCCUGGAGCACGGCGCCGACCCCCUCCUCACCGACGACCAAGGCUUCAACCUCCUCCACUGGGCCGCCCUCGACGGCAACGUCUUCCAGCUCCUCCUCCUCCUCCACCAGGACAUCCCCAUCGACAUCCAGGACAGCCAGGGCCAUACCAGCCUGAUGUGGGCCGCGUAUAAGGGCUUCCCCGCAUGCGUCGGCCUCCUCCUCCGCUGGGGCGCGAACAUCUUCGCGAGAGACGACCAGGGGUUCACCGCGCUGCAUUGGGCACUCGUCAGUCGCAGCAGCCUGGCCGUCCAGAAGCUGCUCGAGUACGGCGCCGACCGAUUCGCGGAGAAUAACGACGGGAAGACCCCCGCGGUCGUCGCGAAGGAGAUGGGCAUCGAGAAGAUCUGGCACGAUGCGCUGGACACGGCGGGGUUCCACCCCGAUGGGAGCGCGCGGGACUUUAAGCUGUCGUUCGUCAAGGAUCGGCGGACGUUCUUCUGGAGAGGAUUGUUUGUGUGGCCCGGGGUGAUCCUCUUCUUCUCGUUUCUGAUUUUGAGCCAUUUCGUUAUCUACCUUUCGAUACCCCUGGCCGUGCUGGUUGCGUUCGGUCUGCAGUGGUUGGCGCGGACUUCCCUGCGCUGGGCUCCUUCGGAUAUGAAAAGCCUUCAUAAGACUCCUUUCCUAGCCGGUGUUUUUGCCGGAUCCCUCUUCUGGGUCGGCGUUCGAUAUCUGACCCAUAUUCUCCCCUGGACAUAUUCCAAAUUUCCCUUCCUGAAUAUCAUCUUCACCACAUUAUUUAUCCUGUGCGGCUAUUUCUACUUCAGCGCCAUGCUUCGGGACCCCGGGUUCGUUCCGAAGCCAGACAGUCGCAACAAGCAGCGGGAGAUCAUUGAUGACCUGUUGAAAGUGUUCAAGUUCGACGAACAGCACUUCUGCGUCCAUUGCAUGGUUCGGAGACCGUUGCGGAGCAAGCAUUGCAAGAUCUGCAAACGUUGCGUGGCGCGAGAAGACCAUCAUUGUCCGUGGGUAGACAAUUGCGUCGGGGUGAACAACCAUCGACACUUCUUGCUUUUCGUCGUAACCCUGCAAUUCGGGGUCAUCACGUUAGCCUGGUUACUGCUGAAAUACCUCGAAGUCCUUCCCGACGUCACCGCGGUGGAGUGUACCAUCGUCUCCGCCGAGAUCUGCACCAUCCUCAACAAAGACCCCUUCACCACCGUCGCGGUGGCGUGGUGUACCUUCCAAUUAAUCUGGGUUACCAUGCUCCUCAUCGUCCAGCUACUCCAGGUCGCUCGUGCCAUGACUACCUACGAAAGCAUGCGCGGCUUCGAACACGAUCGCAGCGUCGGAGAUACCCUCACCACGUUCAUGACCACCGGCGCCACGUCGGCCGGCCAAGCCGCGGUGUCCGCCACCGGCCCGGGCUCCGGCUCGUCCACCGACGGACAUCACCAUCACCACCACAAGAACCACGGGUUCUUCAGUCAAUGGAAGAAGCUAUUCGGCCUCGAUGCGUUCAUGGCCACCGCAGUGAACUCGAACCCUGCGGAAAUCGAGGCGAAGCAGGAGGGGAACCCGUAUACCCGAGGAAUCGUCACGAACUGUAAAGACUUCUGGUGCACGCCCACCGCACCAUAUGGACCGAUAGAAGAAUACGACGAAAGGGUCGCCUCAGGGCGGCUUCGAAAUGAUGAUCAUCAGAGAGCAAUCAUCGGACAUCUUGAGGACCUUCACGAAAUGCUCAGAUCAUAUACCCCGCCCAAAGUCGUACAUCCGACAAUCGAGUCACUCCAACCGCCGAAGAAGACCCUGUUUGGAUCCCUCUUUGGAGGCGGUGAGGAUGACAAGGCAAAAGCACGAGUGGAGAUCUCGCCAGAUAUACCCAAAGGCGUCUACAUGUUCGGCGACGUGGGAAGCGGAAAGACCAUGCUGAUGGACCUGUUCUACGAGACCAUACCACCGAACAUCAAGCAGAAAACAAGAAUCCAUUUCCAUAACUUUAUGCAAGAGGUUCAUAAGGAAAUGCACAAGAUGAAGAUGGAGCAUGGGAACGAUAUCGAUGGGAUCCCGUUUGUGGCGGCCAACAUAGCGGAAAAGUCCAGUGUGUUAUGCUUUGACGAGUUUCAGUGUACGGACGUCGCUGAUGCGAUGAUUUUGCGAAGGCUUUUGGAAUCAUUGAUGGCCCACGGCGUGGUUCUCGUCACCACAUCGAACCGACAUCCCGACGAUCUGUACAAAAACGGCAUCCAGCGCGAAUCCUUCGUCCCCGCGAUCAACCUCAUGAAAGACCGACUCCGCGUAAUCAACUUAGAUUCCUCGACCGAUUAUAGAAAGAUACCCCGCCCGCCAUCCGGCGUGUACCAUCACCCCUUAGAUAAGGCCGCACAGAGCCACGCGAACAAAUGGUUUGAAUUUCUGGGAGACUUUAAGAAUGAUCCCCCUCAUCCGGCGACGCAUAUGGUAUGGGGAAGGGAGAUCCAUGUGCCCAAGGCUAGCGGCAAAGCGGCCAUGUUCACGUUCAAGGAAAUCAUUGGGCGCGCCACUGGCGCUGCGGAUUACUUGGAGCUGAUGAGGAGUUAUGAAGCAUUCAUUAUCACGGAGGUCCCGGGGAUGACCCACCGGUCGCGAGAUUUAGCUCGACGGUUUAUUAUCUUUAUCGACGCCAUUUAUGAGAGCAGGGCCAAACUGGUCAUGACCACGUCGGUUCCAUUGACAGAGCUGUUUCUUUCGAAGAACGAGCUCGACGACGCCGUGCACGCCGGGCAAGCCAAAGGCGAGAUCCCCGACGCGGACGUGCACCACGACGUCUCCGAUGUCAUGAGGAGUCUCAUGGACGACCUCGGGAUGAACAUGUCCAUGCUGAAGAACAGCAGCAUCUUCACGGGCGACGAGGAGCGGUUUGCUUUUGCGAGGGCGCUGAGUCGGCUGGUGGAGAUGGGGAGCCAGGACUGGGUGGAGCGCGGGAUGGGGCUUGAGAAGAUGGGUGGGAAGCAGGAGAUGGAGAGCUGGCAGAGAGUGAGGAGUCGCUGGCGGGAGGAUAGUUUGUAG